UUUCAAGAUACAACAGGCCGCGGUGUUUAACAUCGAGGACUGCAAUCUAAUAACAUGUGUAGUUCAGCAUCUACACUCCUACUGAAAAAACAGUUAUGUGAACUGAGUAAAAGUGCAACUGAGGGUUUUUCAGCUGGGUUGGUUGAUGAUGAUAAUAUAUUCAAAUGGCAAGUGCUGAUUAUGGGCCCACCUGACACGCUCUAUGAAGGUGGUUAUUUUCGUGCUGAGCUAGAUUUCCCACAAGAUUAUCCCAAUCACCCCCCUAAAAUGCGGUUUGUUACAGACAUCUGGCAUCCAAAUAUCGCUCGGGAUGGAGAUGUCUGUAUAUCUAUUCUUCAUGAACCUGGGGAAGAUAGGUGGGGUUAUGAAAGGCCCGAAGAAAGAUGGCUUCCAGUGCAUACUGUGGAAACAAUUAUUACCUCCGUCAUUUCGAUGCUUGCAGAGCCCAAUCCCGACAGUCCUGCCAAUGUUGAUGCGGCGAAAGAAUUUCGAGAGGACUUCGCUGAGUUUAAACGGAAAGUCUGCCGGUGUGUGCGAAUGAGCCAGGAACAUUUUGAAUGAGCUACAUAAAGAACAUUUUAUUUAUCAUUGUACAUCAGCCAUCGUGAUGAAAUAAUAUUUCCACUUUAACCUCUUCCGCGAUCACAACGCUGUUUAUUCUGAUGUUAUCCAGUGCGAGGUGACAGUCUUUUUUGAGUGUUUCUUGAACGCAUCCUGGGUUUUAACCUUAUUUUUGACCUAUGUUCAGAUUCGAUAUAACAUGAUCCUUAGCUAAUGUUAGCAUUCAUUGCUGAGAUUUCCGUUGCUAUUUAGUUGUAACAUGCUCUUUGCUUUUUGUAAAAUGUUUUCAGUUAGGUGAUUUAUUGCAGGGACUGAAUUGAUUUACCAAAUUUUGCCUUUAAACGAACGCGUUUUUCGAGUUUUAUACAUACGCCCCGACUAUCCUACACUUUCAUAUGUUUACUGAGAAUAUCUUUCUUUGUUACAGUUAUAGGAGGCUCAUGUAGUCGUUGGUUCCAAGAUAUGCGGGUCAGGCUUACAUUAAUUUUAAAUAUCAAGCACCUGUUUAUCCACUGCAUAACUAGCCUUAUGGGCAUAUUGUCCUCAUUGACUGUAAACCUUAUUAGUACUCUUCCAUAUCAAUGCAUUUUAGUCACUAGGC